AUGCACAUUCCAAAUUACAGUCUGAUUGUGAGCCCUCUAUAUCAAGUCACCCGGAAAAAGAAUGAUUUUAAGUGGGGUCCUGAGCAACGACAAGCUUUUGAACAAAUUAAGCAGGAAAUAGUUCAUGCAGUAGCCCUGGGGCCAGUCCGGGCAGGACAAGAUGUUAAAAAUGUACUCUACACUGCAGCCGGGGAGAAUGGCCCUACCUGGAGCCUCUGGCAGAAAGCACCAGGGGAAACUCGAGGUCGACCCCUGGGGUUCUGGAGUCGGGGAUACAGAGGAUCCGAAGCCCGCUAUACCCCAACUGAAAAGGAGAUACUGGCAGCAUACGAGGGUGUCCGAGCUGCUUCGGAAGUGGUUGGUACAGAAGCACAGCUCCUCUUGGCACCUCAACUGCCCGUGCUGGGCUGGAUGUUCAAAGAAAGGGUCCCUGCCACACAUCAUGCAACUGAUGCUACGUGGAGUAAGUGGAUUGCACUGAUCACACAGCGAACUCGAAUGGGAAAUCCCAGUCGCCCAGGAAUAUUGGAAGUGAUCAUGGACUGGCCAGAGGGCAAAGAUUUCAGAAUAUCACCGGAGGAGGAGGUGACGCGUGCAGAAGAGGCCCCACCGUAUAAUGAACUGCCAGAAAAUGAGAAGAUAUAUGCCCUGUUCACUGAUGGCAUCUAUCAGCGGACAAUCUUUGAAAUCCUUGCAAAAUGUACCCUGAGAGGCGUCCCAGCUCCGGGGAAGAUAUCGCAGCGAUUCAUACUUGGCUUCUUCACCCUUAUUUACAUAAUAACAUUGCUAGGAAACUUACUUAUCUUCUGUCUUAUCCACCUGGAUCCUCAUCUGCGUAUCCCAAUGUACUAGUUCCUCAGGCAUUUAUCUCUCAUAGAUAUAUGUUACUCUUGCAGAGCUUUUCUUCCAUCGCUCAUUAGCUUUUUAGCUCAGAGAAGAACCAUCUCAUUAACUGGCUGUGCAGUUCAAAUGUACGUUUUUCUUGUGCUGGCAACUACUGAAUGCGUCCUCCUGGCAGUCAUGUGUGUCACAUCAUUAACUUCACUCUCACAAGCGAGUGGCCUGGUACUGCCAAUUGCACACACUGUCCUGACAUUGAGGCUACCUUACUGUGGUCCCAGUGUGAUGGAUCAUUUCUUCUGUGAGAUGCCUGCUGUACUGCAGUUGGCAUGUGCCGAUACACAUCUGAUGAAGCUGGUCACUCAAGUGGCAUGUCUCUUCACCAUGUUGAUGACAUGA